ACACCGGAACAACCCGGAAGAAGAAACUAGUGCAAAAUGUGAUAACACCGCGAGACAGAGGUCAGAAUUUCUCUCUCACAACCAUCUUGGAUAUAGAAUCCCGACUCGACACAAGCAUGCCUGGCGAAGCCACAGAGACGGUCCCAGUCACUGAGCAGGAGAUGCAACAGCCGCAAGUUGAGACUGCUGCACUCUCUGCCCCUGCAAGUCUGGCUACCUCCCAGAAACCUCAGACUGCUUCUGGCCCUGCCAAGCCCAAAGGCAAAGAGGCCAAGGGUGGCUCUGCCCCAAAGGCUGUCCCUGGCAGAAGAAAACGCUCCUCUAUGUCUGCCUCCUCUGCUUCUCCUACCUCCUCCACACCCCAUUCCCCCCUAGCUACCUCACCUGGGGCUGCUGGAACUCCCAGCCAGGGCAGUCGUGCCGCCCCCAAGGUUGUGAAGGUUGGCAAACAAAGAAAGGCUAAGAAAGAGUAUUUUAAGCCUACUGCUGACCUGCCAGCCCCAGCAGGGGCCAAACCUCUUCCUAUGGAGCCUAAAGCUGCUCCUGCACCAGUAGUGGCCACGCCAGUGACUGUUGCUCCAGAGCCUGCCUCUCCCAAGCCUGUGGCGUCCCCUGUGUCCUUCAAAGUGACCUCAAAGCCUGCUGCACCAGCCCCCGUGUCAUUUGCUGACGCUAUUGCCUCUAGCCCCCCUAGAGCUGCCUCUGAAAUGCCCAUAGCCAAGCCAGAGCGUCUGCUCAAGGCUGAGGUGAAAGAGGUCAAUGCAGCACCUGCCCUGGAGGAUGACGAUGACCUUCCCCCUCUCAUUCCACCAGAGGAGCCAGUAAAGAUGCCAGUCUUCUCACCCCCUACAGUAGUAGGGACUCCUAAGCCUGCCCCAGUUGCUUCUCCAGCUCCCCCUAAGCCAGCUCCUUUUGAGCCCGUUGUAGCGGCGUCGGCUCCUGUUAAGGCUGUUGUGGCUACACCUGUUCCCCCUAAGCCAGUUCCAGUUAAGCUCGUUGUGGCUACACCAGCUCCCCUUAAGCCUGCUCCAGUUGUAGCUGUACCAGCUCCCCCUAAGCCUCCUCCAGUUGUAGCUGCACCAGCUCCUGUUAAGCCCAUUGUUGCUACACCAGCUCCCCCUAAGCCUGCUCCAAUUGUACCUUCGCCGGCUCCUGUUAAGCCUGUUGUGGCUACAACCGCGCCCCGUAAGCCAGUUCCAGUUAAGCCUGUUGUGGCUACAACCGCGCCCCCUAAGCCAGUUCCAGUUAAGCCCAUUAUGGCUACACCAGCUCCCCCUAAGCCUGCUCCAAUUGUACCUUCGCCGGCUCCUGUUAAGCCUGUUGUGGCUACAACCGCGCCCCCUAAGCCAGUUCCAGUUAAGCCUGUUGUGGCUACAACCGCGCCGCCUAAGCCAGUUCCAGUUAAGCCCAUUGUUGCUACACCAGCUCCCCCUAAGUCUGCUCCAAUUGUAGCUGUGCCGGCUCCUGUUAAGCCCGUUGUGGCUACACCAGCUCCCCGUAAGCCUGCUCCAGUUGUAGCUGCACUAGCUUCCGUCAAGGCCUCUCCGGUUGUAGCUUCGCCAGCUCCCGUUGAGCCAGUUAUAGCUGCACCAGCUUCCGUCAAGACCGUUCCCGUUGUAGCUGCACCAACUCCUAUUGAGGCCUCUCCGGUUGUACCAGCACCCGCUAAGCCAGCUCUUGUUGAGCCCGUUGUAGCUGCACCAGCUUCCGUCAAGGCCGCUCCCGUUGUAGCUGCCCCGGCUCCCGUUGAGCCAGUUGUAGCUGGACCAGCUCCCCUUAAGCCUGCUUCCUAUGCAGCCGUGGUAGCUGCACCAGCUCCUCUUAAGCCUGUUCCCAUCGAGCCUGUUGUAGCUUCCCCAGCUCCCCCUAAGCCUGUUGAAGUAGCCGUUGUACCAGCACCUGUUUCAAACCCUGCCCCCACCCCUGCUAAACCCCCUACCAAACCGGAGCCUGUGAUCAAGAAUGACAAGGGGUCUGGCACUGAAUCGGACAGUGAUGAGUCUGUACCAGAUCUGGAGGAACACGACUCUGCACAGACACAGCAAGCGCAGCUUGCAGCUGCUGCAGAAAUAGAUGAAGAACCCGUUAGCAAAGCCAAACAGAGCCGUAGUGAAAAGAAGGCACGAAAGGCAAUGUCUAAGCUGGGUCUCAGGCAGGUGACGGGGGUCACCAGGGUUACCAUUCGCAAGUCUAAAAAUAUCCUUUUCGUUAUCACCAAACCAGACGUCUACAAGAGCCCUGCAUCAGACACUUACAUUGUCUUUGGUGAGGCUAAGAUCGAGGAUCUUUCACAACAAGCCCAGCUUGCCGCGGCAGAGAAGUUCAAGGUACAGGGAGAAGCCGUGUCGAACGUCCAGGAAAACACACAGACUCCCACUGUACAAGAGGAGAGCGAAGAGGAAGAGGUUGACGAGACCGGGGUUGAGGUGAAGGACAUUGAACUCGUGAUGUCACAAGCCAACGUGUCGCGAGCGAAGGCUGUACGCGCCCUUAAAAACAACAACAAUGAUAUUGUCAAUGCUAUUAUGGAAUUGACGAUGUAGGCUGCUGGUCGAAGGGGGUUCUGAAAGUUUGCUGGUUUAAUCUACUAUUGUUUGUACAAUUUAUACCCGAGAUGGAAAUAAAGUUGUGGCUUGGUGAAUUGAA